AUGCCUCCAAAGAAAGCAGCCCGCCCAGCGCAAGAGAACAUCAACCUUGGCCCAAGUGUCAGGGAAGGUGAACUCGUAUUCGGUGUCGCCCGUAUUUUCGCAUCUUUCAACGAUACUUUCGUCCAUGUUACUGAUCUUUCUGGCCGCGAAACCAUCUGCCGUGUCACCGGUGGAAUGAAGGUCAAGGCUGAUCGUGACGAGUCUUCCCCAUACGCUGCCAUGUUGGCUGCUCAGGAUGUUGCUGCCCGUUGCAAGGAAUUGGGCAUCACUGCUCUCCACAUCAAGAUCCGUGCUACCGGAGGUUCCGGAACCAAGACCCCAGGUCCAGGUGCUCAAUCCGCUCUCCGUGCUCUUGCCCGUACCGGCAUGAAGAUUGGCCGUAUUGAGGAUGUUACCCCAACCCCAUCCGACAGCACCCGUCGCAAGGGAGGUCGCCGUGGUCGUCGUUUGUAA